GUUAACUUAACUCACAUUUCUGUUCCUCUUCUCUCUCUCUCUCUCUCUCUCUCUCCCCCGAUUACACACACUAGAGUAGGGCUUCUUCUCCUAUUGGUCGCGCUCCAAACCUCCGCCACGCUCUAUCUUACGCCUCCGGAGGUGACCCCUCUCUUAUCCUACACCCCCUUCUUCCCCAUUCAAACCCUAAUAUAUAAACGAACAAACCGUGAUCGAUCGAUCCAUUUCUCAAUUCCUCAACCGUCGUCGUUUCGAUCAUCGCUGUUAGGGUUCGAUUCGAUCAAAUCAGCGAGUGUGGAAAUCUGAACAGGGCUAGGGUUUUCAUGCUUUGGCGAUUCACACUUGCGGUGCGACUGCGAUGGCAAAUUCCGGCACCAAAUAUGUGUCUGUGAAUCUCAACAAGUCGUAUGGGCAAAGCUCCGGUUCGUUUGGAUCCACUCGAGGGGCGGCGCGACCUGCUGUCCAUGGCGGAGGAGGCAUGGCGGUGUUGUCGAGGCCUCGCAGUUCGCAGAAGGCGGCGGGGCCGAAGCUUUCCGUUCCGCCCCCCUUGAACCUCCCCUCGCUGCGGAAGGAGCAUGAGAGGUUUGAUUCGCUUGGAUCAGGUGGCGGUCCGGCUGGUGGUGCUGGUUCCGGGAGCGGGGCGAGGCCGAGCUCGUCUGGUGUUGGGUGGACCAAGCCGGCUGCGGUUGCGGCUCAGCAGGAGAAACAGCCUUUGUCUGAGGAUGGAAUUGGAAUUGGAAUUGGAUCGCGUUCUGCUAGCAAGGCGGUUGGGCCGGUAGCUUCUUCGUAUGUUCCAGCGGCGGUGCUGAGAGGGGAGGAUUUUCCUUCGCUGCGUGCCACCUUGGUGGCUUCUUCGGCAUCCGGUCCUAGCCAGAAUCAGAAGAUCCAGGACAAUUCGAGUCAGAAGCAGAAGAAUUUGGGUGAUGGGAAUGUGUCUGUUGGGCAGAAGGAUAAGGAUGCUGAUGGUGAUGUGAGUGCUUUUUCUUCGUCUUCACUUGUUGGAGUGAACUCUAGGUUCAAUGUUCCCCGCACAGGGAAUGUAUCUGUAGGUGAGAAUGGCAGAGACACUCGCGGCGGUUUUGUUAAUUCUCGUGGAGCUAAUCAGAACCAUGGCAGGGGGAAUCAGGAAGAGUAUUUUCCUGGUCCUCUGCCUCUUGUUCGGCUGAACCCGAGAUCGGAUUGGGCUGAUGACGAGCGUGAUACAGGUCAUGGUUUUGUGGAGCGGAGCAGAGAUGGAGGCAGGGAUCAUGGGUUUUCUUCUUCCAAGAGUGAUGCUACUUUUUGGGAUUUUGAUAUGCCUCGGGUUGGGGUUUUGCCGCAGAAGCAUGGUGGUCUUGGUUUUGAUAAGAGGGGACCGCUGCAGGGCAAUGAAGCUGGGAAGGUUUCAUCCAGUGAAGUUCUUAAGGUGGACCCUUAUGAUAGAACCGCUGUUAGAGAGGGAAGAGAUGUGAAUCCUUGGAGGAAUUCAGCAUUUUCUAAGGAUGGGUUUGGUGCGAAAGAUGCGGGGAUUGAGAGGAAUGGUGUUGGUGCUAGGCCAUCCAGUGGGAAUAGAGAUGUAGGAAAGGAUAACAAGUAUAUUCCGGGGCCCCUCAGAGACAAUGUUUAUGACGAUUCUGGAAAGAGGGAUGUGGGGUAUGGUCAAGGUGGGAAACAGCCUUGGAAUAACACGAUGGAAUCAUAUGGUGAUCGUCGGGAUCGUCAUGUUGGCAAUGAACAAAAUAACAGGAAUAGAGUUGAUUCUGCCCCGAGCUCAGUGUCAAAAUCUGCAUUUUCUUUGGGUGGUAAAGGACUUCCUGUUAAUGAUCCUCUGCUCAAUUUUGGCAGAGAGAAACGUACUUUGCCAAAGAAUGAAAAGGCUUUCUUGGAGGACCCUUUUAUGAAAGACUUUGGUGGUUUUGAUGGCAGGGAUCCUUUCUCAUCGGGUCUUGUUGGGGUGGUCAAGAAAAAGAAGGAUGUGCUCAAACAAACUGAUUUCCAUGAUCCUGUUAGAGAGUCCUUUGAGGCUGAGCUUGAAAGGGUUCAGAGGAUGCAAGAGCAGGAGCGGCAACGAGUCAUUGAGGAGCAGGAAAGGGCAUUGGAGUUGGCUCGCAGAGAAGAGGAGGAAAGGUUAAGGCAAGCUAGAGAGCAGGAAGAGAGUCAGAGGAGGUUGGAAGAAGAAGCAAGAGAUGCAGCAUGGAGAGCAGAACAAGAAAGGAUUGAAACUUUCCAGAGGGCUGAAGAGCAAAGGUUAGCAAGGGAAGUAGAGAAACAAAGGAUCUUUCUAGAAGAGGAGAGGAGAAAACAAGCUGCUAAACAAAAACUGAUAGAGUUGGAGCAAAAGAUUGCCAGGAGGCAGGCUGAAGUUACCAAGGGUAGCAGUAGUGCUCCAGCUGUUGUUGAUGAGAAAAUGCCUGGGACAAUGAACGAAAAAGAUGCUUCCAGGGCAAUAGAUGUAGGUGAUUGGGAGGAUAGUGAAAGAAUGGUUGACAGAAUUUUAACUUCAGCUUCGUCCGAUUCAUCAAGUGUGAAUAGGCCAUUGGAGAUGGGCUCUAGGUCUCAUUUCUCUAGAGAUUUAUCUUCCUCCUUUGUGGAUAGAGGAAAGCCAAUUAAUUCAUGGAGAAGAGAUGCAUAUGAAAAUUGGACUAGCUCAGCGUUCUAUACACAGGACCAGGAUAAUGAUCACAAUAGUCCCCGUAGAGAUUCAUCAAUUGGUGGAAAGCCAUUCAUGAGGAAAGAAUAUAAUGGUGGUGCUGGAUUUGUGUCUUCAAGGACACACUAUAAAGGUGGGGCUUCGGAUGGUUGUUUAGAUGAAUAUGCUCAUGUAAAACCGCAGAGGUGGAAUCAACCUGCUGAUGGAGAUCAUCUUAGCAGAAAUCCCGAGAUAGAUUCUGAUUUUCAUGAAAAUUUUGCUGAGAGGUUCAGUGAUGGUUGGACACUCAGCCGUCCCCGUGGCAAUCCAUUUCCUCCAUUCCCUGAGCGUUCUUAUCAGAAUUCUGAAUCUGAUGGACCUUAUGCCAUGGGGAGGUCACGGUAUUCUGUUAGGCAGCCUCGAGUUCUACCCCCUCCUUCACUAGCUUCUAUUCACAGAAGUUACAGGAAUGGAAAUGAACACCCUGGUCCUUCUGCUUUCCUUGAGAAUGAAAUACCAUAUAAUCAGGCCACAAUGAGUGACUCUGCCCUGCCAACUGGUUAUGACAAUGGGAAUCAUGGACAACCUGAGAUAGUUGAUGCCUUGCAAGAGUCUGCUGAGAAUGAGGGCAAUAUAGUGGAGACCACAAAGAGGUGUGAUUCUCAGUCUUCACUCUCUGUUUCAAGCCCCCCUAGUUCUCCAACGCAUGAUGACUUAGAUGACUCUAGAGAUUCUCCUGUGAUAUUGACUUCUGAAGAAAGCAAAAAUGCCCCCCUGUCAGCUCCAGAAAAUGAAUCCAUUCCAACACCUGCCCUAGCUGGUAAUGAGAAUGUAGUUACUUCAUCUGCUGUCUCGAGUGGUGACGAUGAUGAGUGGACUACUGAGAAUAACAAGCAGUUCCAGGAACAAGAAGAAUAUGAUGAAGAUGAAGAUUAUCGGGAAGAAGAUGAAGUGCACGAAGGAGAUGAUAAUGCUGACCUCAACCGGGAUUUUGAAGAUAUGCAUUUGCAGGAGAAAGGAUUGCCCCAUUUGAUGGAUAACCUGGUUUUAGGAUUUAAUGAGGGUGUUCAGGUUGGGAUGCCCAAUGAGGAGUUUGAAAGGACUCCAAAACAUGAAGAAACUAAAUUUUUGGCACAGCAAGCUUCUGACCUCACUCUAGAAGAGCAUGUACCUUUUGACAAUGGGUGCAAUGAUAGCAAAUCCAUUCAGCCUGUUGAUGAUGCCUCUCAGGUGCAUCUUAAUAGUUCUUCUGGUGUGUUCCAUGAUUCUGAGAAGCCAACUCCUGAACUGGUCAUUCAGCCUAGCAAUUCUCAUUCAUCUGUGGCAUCUGAGAGUUUAGGUAAUGUGGAAGCUUCUAAUGGCCCCUCUACCCAUCACAAUACACCGACUUCAGUUACUAUUGCCCCACACUACACAUCUGUAGGUCAAAGUGUUUCAUCAAAUGUAGCUGCUGCUCCAAGUCAAGCUGAGUUACCCAUUAAGCUUCAGUUUGGUCUUUUUUCUGGUCCAUCUUUGAUACCAUCACCAGUACCAGCUAUACAGAUUGGUUCUAUACAGAUGCCACUGCAUCUGCAUCCACAGGUUGGCGCACCCCUCUCUCACAUGCACCCGUCACAGCCUCCUUUGUUUCAAUUUGGCCAGCUAAGAUAUACGUCUCCCGCAUCACAGGGGAUGAUGCCUCUAGGUCCUCAGUCAAUAUCGUAUGUUCAGCCUAAUAUCCCAUCUGGUUUUUCUUUCAAUCAUAACCCUGGAGGUCGAAUACCAGUUCAAACUGGUCCAGCUACUUCUGAUUCCUUCAUUAGAAAAGAGAUCAGGCAUCAUUCUGUUGACAGUCAACCAGGUAGUUCAAGAAACUUAUCACAAGGUUCAUUUCCAGUUGAGGAUGCAGAAAAUAUGGCUACAAUUAAGCAUGGCCACACUGAGGUUUCCCAUAGUGUUAAUAAUAUCACGAGGACAAGUUUUCAAUUGGACAAACAGGGGAGACAAAAUGUAGUUGGAAAGAGCAGCAAUUCUUCUUCCAAUGCUAAAGAACCUGAAUUUCAGCCACUUACUAAAGAUACAUCACUUCAUUCAGUUUCAAAAGAGAAAGAUUCUAUGGAGUCAAAAGCACAAUUUCCUGUAUCUGGUGGCGGUAGAGGAAAGAGAUAUGUCUACACAGUGAAAACUUCGAGCUCAAGAUCAUCGGCUCCAACUCCAAGGGUUAACCGCUCUGACUCGAGAGGGUUUACAAGGAGACCAAAUCGGAAUAUACAGCGCACUGAGUUUCGAGUUAGGGAAAGUACUGAUAAGAGGCAGUCUUCUGGUGCUGUCUUGACUGAUCAGUUUGGGUUGGAUAGUAAGUCAAAUAUCACCGGACGGGGAACAGGCAUAUCUGGAAGAAGUGGACCAAGGAAAGCUUUUGCCAAUAAAUUGGGAAAACAGACAGUAGAAUCAUCUGGAGAAAAUUCACAUGGGGUGGAUUCUGGAAGCAGAACUGACAAGGUUGAUGGAAAAGAAUCAACUAAGAUUCAGAGCAUCUCACACUCUGGACAGAAUAUUCUUAAAAGGAACUUGUGUUCUGAGGAAGAUGUUGAUGCUCCAUUGCAAAGUGGAAUUAUACGUGUCUUUGAGCAACCUGGAAUUGAAGCUCCUAGUGACGAAGAUGACUUCAUAGAAGUCAGGUCAAAGAGGCAAAUGCUAAAUGAUCGGCGAGAACAAAGAGAGAAAGAAAUCAGGGCCAAAUCUCGGCUUGCAAAGGUGCCACGGAAAAUCCAUUCCACUUCACGAAGUACUGUUACCAUGGCCCAUUCUAGCAAAGGAUCCAUUUCGACACGAGAAGUGACAAAAAACAGUGAUUAUGUUGCUGCUGAGGUGCGUGGAAUGGCGAAGAUUGAUGCCUCAUCUGGAUUUAAUUCAAACUUAAUGUCCCAAGCAUUACCUCCUAUAGGCACCCCUCCUUUGAAACUUGAUGCACAACCUGAUUUAAGAUCACAGACAAACAGGUCACUUCAUACAAGUCUCCCAUCAGUUUCUAGUGGUGAAAAGGACCCUGGGUCUGGUGCGAUAUUUGAAAACAAGAACAAGGUUCUUGAUAAUGUUCAGACAUCUUUGGGCUCUUGGGGAAAUGUGCAAAUUAGUCAACAGGUCAUGGCGCUUACACAAACACAACUUGAUGAGGCUAUGAAGCCUCAGCAGUUUGAUUCACAGGCUUCUGUUGGCAAUAUGACAGGUGCUGUUAAUGAACCCAGCUUGCCAACAUCAUCCAUUUUGACGAAGGAAAAAACCUUCUCAUCUGUUGCAAGCCCAAUAAAUUCCUUACUUGCUGGAGAGAAAAUUCAAUUCGGGGCAGUAACAUCGCCAACUAUUCUUCCUCCUAGCAGCCGUGCCGUGUCUCAUGGCAUUGGCCCCCGUCGAUCAUCUCGACCAGAUAUGCAACUAUCUCACAACCUUGCUGGAUCAGAUAAUGAUUGCAGUCUUUUCUUCGAUAAAGAAAAACAUGGUAAUGGGUCUCAUGGCCAUUUAGAAGAUUGUGAUGCAGAAGCCGAAGCCGAAGCAGCUGCUUCAGCAGUUGCUGUUGCUGCCAUUGGUAGUGAUGAGAUUGUUGGAAAUAGAUUGGGUACUUGUUCUGUCUCAAUUUCAGAUGCCAAAAGUUUUGUAGCUGCAGAUAUUGAUAGGGUAGUGGCAGGAGUAAGUUGUGAGCAGCAAUCAGCUAGUCAAUCUAGAUCUGAGGAGCCUCUUAUUGUAUCUCUCCCGGCAGACUUAUCUGUUGAGACUCCACCAAUUUCCUUGUGGCCUCCCUUACCAAAUACACAGAAUUCUUCAGGUCAAAUGAUCUCGCAUUUUGCUUCUGUUCCCCCUCAUUUUCCUUCCGGCCCUCCGUCUCAUUUUCCAUUCUAUGAAAUGAAUCCUAUGAUGGGUGGUCCUGUGUUUGCUUUUGGACCACAUGAUGAGUCUGCAUCUACAACCCAGUCGCAGCCUCAAAAAGGUACUGCACCAGCAUCAAGGCCGAUGGGGAACUGGCAACAGUGUCAUUCUGGUGUGGAAUCUUUUUAUGGUCCUCCAACAGGAUUUACUGGACCUUUUAUUGCUCCUCCUGGAGGCAUUCCUGGAGUCCAGGGGCCGCCACACAUGGUUGUUUAUAACCAUUUUGCACCUGUUGGACAAUUUGGUCAAGUUGGCUUAAGUUUCAUGGGCACCACUUAUAUUCCCUCUGGAAAGCAGCCUGAUUGGAAACACAUCCCUACAUCUUCUGCGAUGGGGGCUGGUGAAGGUGAUAUGAACAGUAUGAAUAUGGCAUCUUCACAGAGAAAUCCUGCGAACAUGCCUUCUCAAAUUCAACAUCUUGCUCCUGGUUCGCCACUUCUGCCAAUGCCUUCUCCUAUGGCUAUGUUUGAUGUUUCUCCUUUUCAGCCCUCUUCUGAGAUGCCAGUACAAGCUCGAUGGCCUCAGGUUCCUAAUGCACCACUGUCAUCCAUUCCUCUAUCGAUGCCAUUGCAUCAACAAGAAGGGGUACAAAAUUCUCAAUUGAGCCAUGGCCCUUCUGCUGACUCGCCAUUAAAUGUCAAAAGAUUUAACAGUUCUCGAACUUCAUCUUCUGAUGGCGAGAGGACUUUUCCUAGGGGAGCCGAUGUAAAUGUUAACCAAUUGCCUGAUGAACUUGGAUUAGUGGACACUUCACACUCCAAUGCUGCCAAGACAUCAGCACAGAAUGUUGUCAACAAGACUUCACCUGUGACCACAGAUUCAGAUUCUGCCAAGGUUGAUGUUCAGAAUGGAAAUGGCAGCAAAAGUAAUAGCCAGCAUGCAAAUCCUGCUUUCAAAAGUCAUCCCUCUCAACAAAUUAAUGUUUCUAAUCAGCAGUAUGACCAUUCCUCAGGACAUGCUAAUUAUCAAAGAGGAGGUGCAUCUCAGAGAAAUAGUUCUGGGGGUGAAUGGUCCCAUCGUAGAAUGGGGUACCAAGGAAGAAACCAGAAUAUGGGCGCAGAUAAGAACUUUUCUUCGUCAAAGGUCAAGCAAAUUUAUGUGGCUAAACAGACUAUUAGUGGUGGGGCAUCAACAGUGUCAUGAGUGGUAAGAAAUAACUACUGCAUUUCUGAAAACUAGGAAGGCUUUGUUAUUGGGUUUGGUAUGUAGCAGAAAUAAAAAAUUUGAUUAGCUUUUACUUGGGUGUAGUAGGGCAGCUUCAGUGUUAGAUUGAGAUUUUUGCUGGCUAUAGCAGAUUCUACACCUGUGUUCCUGAUGAAAGCUGCUGAAGGGAUUGAUAGCACUUUUGUUGUGCUCACCUGGUUGGAGGGAUUGAUGGGCUCUGUGUCGUUUUGCAGUGAUGAAUUAAUGAAGCUUGGUUGAUCCUUUGUAUUCUUUUAAUGGCAUAAAACCAGGCAAAUUAUUUAUUGGUUUUUGUGUACUGAAAAUCAAUAGUUCGUCCUCGUAUAUUCUUUCCAUUAUUAUAAGGGAAGUAUCAGUUUUGAGGAAUGUUAGUUUACUUUUCUUCUCACAUGGAUUUCUAGAGUUAUAGAACUCAUUUUUUUGUCCAAUAUUGAACUUAUUAAUGUUCUUCAUAUGAGACCAAGUAGAUCAACUAAUAGUUACUUCA